GAUUUGGCCCUGGGGGUGGUAUGUGGUCCUGUGAGAACAGACUGCCUGGCAAGGGCAGGCCUGAUUCUUGGAAGGUUCUGGAGAAAGUACCUGUGAGCGGGUGAGGGUCGGGAGGGGGACAGGGGAGUGGCUCCCUGGGGAAUGGGGCUGCAGGGGUGCCCUGGAGAGCCCCUGCCCACUGGACGACAUCGGCACCAGGGAGGUUGCUGUCCAGGCACUGUGUGACCAGCAGCUUCUCCCCGACUGUAGGUGUCAACACGUGUGACAUCAUCACCCUCUACAUCUCUGCCAUCAAGGCCUUGCGAGUGCUAGACCCCUCCAUGGUCAUUCUGGAAGUGGCCUGUGAGCCCAUCCGCCGCUACCUAAGGACGCGGGAGGACACGGUGCGGCAGAUUGUGGCUGGGCUGACAGGGGACUCGGAUGGGACCGGGGACCUGGCUGUCGAGCUGUCCAAGACGGACCCAGCAAGCCUGGAGACCGGCCAGGACAGCGAGGACGACACGGGCGAGCCUGAGGACUGGGUGCCCGACCCUGUGGAUGCCGACCCAGGGAAGUCGAGCUCUAA